GUAAAAUAAGUGCGCUAUUAUUGAUAGUUUCGCUACAUCAUGCCCAUUCGAAUCCCAAAGCAUAUUGCACGGUUUCUUAGCCAUCAGGUUGCACAAAGAAUCAAACUUUUAGAGUCUGCCCUACUUGAAAUUCAUGACCUUGAUAACCGUAUGAAGAUGGAACUAUUAGCUUUAAAUAAUUUGGCAGAACCGAACGACGACGAAUCCUGCGAAAAUGUCAAUUCACCUGCGUCUGUUGUAGAACAGGAACUGUUAAAAUGUCCAGAGGAUGUUCACGAUCAGGACUGUGAUGCUAAAUAUGAAUUAGUGGAUUUGAAUGAUGAUGUUGCAGGCUAUGAAGCGUCUAUUAAUCUAAUUGACAAAGAAAUUGAAUCCAUUGAUAUUGACCCUCUAUCUUGUUAUAUUGAAGUAUCGAAAAGUACAAUGAAUGAUGACAAUUUAUCCACUUUUCAAACACUUAAUUUCCUUUCUGGUCUUAUUAAUGAUCAAUCAUUAAGGUUAACUUCGAAUGCACCAAAGAUUACUUCUCAUCAACCAGUCGAUAUAGAUCAUGCUUCUGAUUAGUUAUUUCAUUUUAUCUUAUGUUUUUCAUUUUUAUAUUCUAUUUUCUCAUUUAACUUUGGUGUAAUUUCAAGGAAGUUGAUUAUGUACAUAUAUAUAUAUAUAUAAAUAUACACAGUUGCUGAGCACACACUUAUUCUUUCUCAUUAUUUUGUAUGUUUUUUAAAUCUGUGCUGUAUGGAAAUUCAAGUCACAUAAGUAAUGACAUGAUUUGUUCACCCAUCUGUUUAUGA